AUGCGUUUCUCAAAGUUCGCUUUGGCCCUUCCCUUUACCGGUGGCGUUACGGCCCUGAACCGUAGGGGCGAUAACAACACAGUCCUGGUCCCCGUUUCAGGAAGUUAUAUCGUCGAAUUUGCCCCUGGUCAAGGGAACAGACGAGAUGGCAUCGCUGCCGCUGAGGGUAUCAAUGUUGUCAAGUCCUUUGACAGCCCAGUAUUUUCGGGCGCCAGCAUUGAAACUAGUUCUUACGGUAUUGACAAGCUGCAAGCGAUGCCUGGCGUUCUUCGUGUCUGGCCCAACGAAAGAGUUUACCUUGGUCCUGUUGAACCUCAAGUAGUUGAUGGACUCCCAGCCGUACUCAACUAUACUACUCACAACGUGACGGGAGUGAGCAAGCUUCAUGCUUCCGGCAUCUAUGGGAAGGGUGCUAAAGUCGGGGUCGUUGAUACUGGCACUUGGUCACUUGGCGGAGGCUUUGGACCUGGCUUCAAGGUGGCGGGUGGAUACGACUUUAUUGGUGAUGACUAUUGGCCCAGUAACCGCUCUAAGACACCCGAUAGUGACCCCCUUGACCACCAAGGCCAUGGAACGCAUGUGGCCGGAAUCAUUGCGGCUCAGGCGGAUACAUGGACUGGUGUCGCCCCUGAAGCUACGCUAUACUCGUAUAAAGUAUUCUCUCAAAUAGACUAUACAGAUACUGCGACUCUUAUUGAUGCAUUCUUACGUGCUUACCACGAUGAUGUCGAUGUCAUCACGGCUAGCAUUGGCUUUCCCGGUGGAUGGUCUACUCAGGCUUGGGCCGAAGUAGCAUCUCGUCUAGUAGACGAAGGGGUCGUCGUUAUUAUCGCAGCCGGAAAUUCUGGGACUUUUGGUCCCGCUUUUGGUAGCUCUGGUUCCUCUGGUAGCAACGUUCUUGCAGUUGCUUCAGUUGAGUCUAACGUAUUUCCCGAAUUCCCAUUCGGCGUAAACUUCACUCUCGGAGAUAAUACUAACACCUCUACCCUUGGUUAUCUCCCAUCGACGAACUACUUCCCCUCAGAUGUUGUAGGGUGGCCAAUCGUGCCCCUAUCUUAUAACACGUCCGACCCUGCGGAAGCAUGUCAGCCUUACCCAGAAGGCACACAAAACCUCACGGGCAAGAUCCCAAUCGUCCGACGCGGCACUUGCUCCUUCACUACGAAACAGAGUAAUCUAGUGGCACUAGGCGCAAAAUACGUGCUGGUCUACAAUAACGAGAGCCCGCCUAUACAACCCUCUACAACUGACGAUAGCGCCCUCCUCGCCCUCGUUGUUGCGGAUAUCGGCAAGGCCAUCAUUGACUGGUACAAGAAGAACGGUACAGUGACAGCUGACUUUUCCGUCAACCCGGAGAACCCAGUCGGUUUCGCAAACACAUUCGCGAACGCACCCGAUACAUUCACACAAUGGGGCCCUUCUUACGAUCUAGAACUCAAGCCAGAGAUAGCUGCACCCGGUGGCAACAUUUUCAGCACAUACCUCAAUAACAACUACGCCAUUUUGAGUGGUACGUCCAUGGCUGCUCCGUACGUCGCGGGUGUCGCGGCUCUGUAUGUCGGCGCAUUCGGUGGUAAGAGUGUUCACGGGAAGGGGUUCGCUCAUAGUCUACGCAAUCGCAUUAUCGCCAGCGGCGCGUCACUCCCAUGGUUUGACGGUACGGAGAAUAGCCCCGAAUUCACUGCCAGCGUGGCACAGGUUGGUAAUGGACUCGUCAACGCUUUCAAAGUCGUAAACUAUACCACCCACACCGAUUUCGAGAAGUUUAACCUUAACGACACUGCCCACUUCCAGGAGUCACACCCUAUCACAAUUACGAAUAAUGGCGCCCGUGAUGUCGAUUAUAAGUUUUCCAUCGAAAGCGCUGGUGGCGCUGAGAUAAUGGGAAACGAGAAUGGUGCGAAGGUAGUGAAGACGUUUGCUAACUUGGUGCCAAUUGCCCUUCCCAUCGAAGUAAAAUUACCCGAAGGCUUCACCUUGAAAGCCGGCCAGAGCAAGACUGUUUCAGUCAACUUCGUAAAUCCCCAGGGGCUGCCAGGUUUCAAUGCAUCUGCCUUCCCCCUGUAUAGCGGAAAAGUUAUUCUUCAAUCAAGCCUUGGAGAACAACUCUCCUUCCCAUAUCUAGGACUCGGCGCCGAUUUGAAAGCCGAGUUAAAUCCCAUCUACUAUCCAGGCUACCCCUUUUCGACGUCAGGUGUUAACUACCAAUCUAUCAACGUAAAGUCAUAUUACACAUUUAACUUGAGCUUGUCUUCCCAAGAUUUUCCGAAAGUUUACACACAGAUUAGUUGGGGCACUAGGCAGAUCCGUUGGGACAUUUACGAAGCGAAUUGGAAUGAGAGCCAAUGGAGAUACCCUCCCGUCGAAGGAGAGAACGGCUAUAUCGGCCCCGCCGCUUCUUGGAAUGGCACUAGUAACUACUUCGAUCCGAAUUUGUGGAACCCAAAUGAUACUUUUACAUACCCUCUCAUCGACCAAUAUCGUGGAGGAAUCGACCAUAAAUGGUUUGGAAGGCUGGGUAACGGGAGUCAGAUUGCGAAUGGCAAUUACACUUGGCGCUUCGCGACGCUGAGGCCGUUCGGGGACCCGACUGUUUCGGAAGAUUGGAAUAUUUUCAAAGUUCCUCAAAUCACUGUUUUAGGACAUUAUUAA